AUGCUUUCGGUUUCCUGCAUUUCCUCCAGCACCUCUAUCCUGCGGACGGGCUCAUGCUCACGAUCUAUUACCACUGUUGCUGCCACUGCAUCGGUCGCUUACAAAGCAACGAAACACAAUGGAAAGCAACGUUUGGCAAAACCGAAGAAGGGUCAGGCAAGCGGGGCUCAGCUCCCCUUUGAGGCCGUAGGUAUACGCCCACCAUUGGCGAUAGCUCUCCAUGCUGCCUUUCCGAACGUGCAAAAUCCAACGGAAAUGCAAGCGGCGUUUAUUCCGGCGGUACUACAAGGCAAGGAUGUUUUGCUCGCGGACAGCACCGGCACCGGCAAGUCUUUUGGCCUCGUGUUAGCUCUUCUGAAUAAAGCGCGGGUCGGACCACUUGAUAGGGACUCGUACGACAAUGGCACGAAACCGCCUAUCAACUCGCUAUUCAUCGUCCCGCAUCGUGACCUUGCGUAUCAGCUACACCAUUGGAUAGGUCGUAUCGUUGAUCAAAUGCCGCCUUCACCAUUCCAAACCAUCUCUUCUGUCGCCACUGUUCUCGUUCGCAGUCAACAUGUACCCCUAGCAACUCAGAUCGCCCAGCUCCAUGCUGACCCUCCUCACAUCCUCAUCGCUACCCCGAAUGCCCUCGCCGACGUCUUUCUGGAAGAUGAAACUGCGUUACAAAAGGAGCGCCUCUCCUCUGUGGUCAUUGAUGAGGUUGAUAACCUCAUCGAGUCGAUACCCAGAAGUAAAAGCAAGUUCGAACAGCAGAAGUUCCUGCAGAAACAACGCAGACAUCCAGCUGUCACCUCACGGAUUCUGAAGCACUUAUUCGCUCAUAGAGAAUAUGAUCCUGCCGCCGAUCCCGUACAGUCCAUCGGGCGACCUUCGGAGCACCGAAGGCCAUUGCAAUUGAUUAUGACGAGCGCAACCUUUCGGCAUCACCUCCACGAGAUGCUUUUCCGAGAAAGCGGGCUCUUGACGCGCGACGAAGGGAAUUUGGUCAAGAUCAACAGGAGUUCGCGCGAAGAAUCGGUACUGAGCGACUUGGGGGGCUCAAAUAUUGGUCAUUGCGUUCUGCUCGUCUCCAAAGACGGCGGGGUGCGCAACAUAGAUGGCUCGAUGACUAUGUCCAGUGUAUCUCCGUCGCCGGUAAUGGAGGCGCAUACGAGCGAGAAUAUUUUGGCUACGGCGAACUCUCGUGCCCUACCUGCCCAUAACUUGUCCGAACAACAAUUCGAGAUGUUUAGCGUCACGCCGUCUCCGUUCAACGCGGAUGUGAUGGAGGUUGUUGCCACAGCUUUUGCUCUAGACGUUCCACGGCUGGCCCUCCUUGUGGUUCCGGCGGAUGCGCCGGUGCAACGCGCUGUCUAUGACCUGCGUCAACUUGGCGUGAACGCAUACGGUUUAGAUCUGUCAUCAGACAGUCGAGGGCGGACGCAUCUACUUCGGGGCCCAUCCGACGUUGCAGACGAGAACCCGACAUUGCUCGUCUCGACCCUCGCAUCCACCCGUGGGCUGGAUCUCCCUGAGCUCAGCCACGUGUUUGUGCUGGGUAUGCCAACUAAGCAACGAGUAGACACGUAUCUCCAUAUUGCUGGUCGCGUUGGGCGGUUUGGACGGGGCGGUAAGGUGGUUACGCUGCUGGAAGAGGAGCGGGAAACAGUGGGGAAGAAGGGGGAAGCGAAGGUGGUGAGGGAGGGAGAGAGGAUGUCCGCGUUGUUGCGACAACUCGAUAUUACGCCGGUUAGAUUUGAGCAUUUCGAUUAGGC